AUGCCGGAGGGACUUCCACCAUCUUUCAGUGUUGCUGACAAGCGCGAUAAUUCUAUUGUCGGAUCCUUGGCCGAGUCGUACAUGAUCUAUGAUGACAUGUACGACAGAAUUCUGGCGGAGGAGGGUGACGAAGGCAUCCAGCGCGUGCUGGAGAACUUGCAGCAAGAUUCGCUUUCCACGGCGUUCUCCGGCGUAGAAGCCGCUGCAACAGCAUCUGGCAGCAUCCGAGAAGUCUUCAGCCGGCGCACCGGCGUGGAGCUAGGGCCCGCAAGAGUCCUCCAUCAAGUAGAGUGGAACGAGCACUGCGUUAAAGAACUGUUGCCUCUGGCUCGGAAGCAUGAUACAUGCAUCUUCAGGAAUAUCAGGCAGUUCUUCCGCAAGGAUCUGCAGCAGAAUAUUCAUGACCUUCUGACCCAGCCACAAAUGGCCGUGGAGAUUCUAGGCCCACUUUUGGCUGCAGGCAAGGCUAUGCAGCUUUGUGGCGACUGCGUCACGCACGGCAAACAGUGCCGCCUGCGGCCGGCUUCCAGGCACAUCGCUGGCACCAGCUGCCGUCCGUUUUCCCGCAAGGGAUCAGGGUUGCUUACAGCAGACCCAGAGAUACUGUUCACGCUUGCAUGGAUCGGCCUCCGACUAGAGUUGCAGGAGACGGAGAUCAUCUCGGAGAAUGUCCGUAGCCAUGGAAGUUCGAGCCUGGCAAAGGCGGCCACUUGUUUGGAUUCACAAAGCUCGACGGUGCCGGAUGCUGGGCUAGGCCACUUGCUCAUCCGCUUCCUGGGUGACAAAUAUUGGAUGGAGCGUGCAGUGUUGGAUCCCUGUCUGCUAGGGUUUCCUGUGGCCAGAGAGAGGGAAUUCAUUGUGUGUCAUCACAAAGUUAAAUGUCUCGCCACGUUGAGCCCGGUGUCACGGUUCCAGAAGCGCUUUUAUCGCGCUUGUGCAUGGAGCUGGCACCAGUUCUUCUUCAUGCACCUGGACUGUGUACAGGAACGACAGCUCGGCGUAGUGGUAGACGAGCUGCAGGAGGAGCUUCGCUGGGAGCAUGACAAAUCCAUGAACUCCGUUGAGGUCUCGAAUCUGCAGGAUACAGCCGUGUGGGAGAGUUCGUUGUCCGCUAUGGAGUGGAGGUUCCUGCAGGAGUAUCGCUGUCGCUGGCCUGGGACUGCUUACAUGCUGAACCAGGACCCUAGUGCAGGGCACGGGCAUCCUGCCAAUUCCAAGGCAUUGUUCACUCUGACGAGCAGCAUGGGGUUGAUCUGGACGGACUCCCCGGAGAACGUGCCCCAUCGCUGGCUCGCACCGACUGAGGCCUUGGUGUGCCAAGGCUUCCCAGUGGUUCCCUUCCUCCACGACUCCUAUUUGACGAAGCCAAUCUGCUGUUUUCAUGUGGCGAGCCCAGAUCGUGGAGGGCGGCACGUAUUCCAGCAGGCGGGCAAUUCCAUGCACGUUGCCGUGAUGGCCGUGCUGCAGCUGCACACGCACAGCUGUGUGGAAUUGAACAGGCCGUCGCCGCUAAUGAUGCAGAUCAGCGCAUCACGGCAAGCUGUUCGUGCCCAGAACAAGCGGAAGAUACGCGACAGCCCUGACGGCGACUGCGAAGCGUCUGCUGUGAAGUUUACCGACAUUCCUCGCUUCCGACUCCGCUCGAAGAGCCCGGCUCCUUUCAAGCGUAACAUAGAUAGGACUGCUGUGACGCGCCAUGCGGCUGUCUUGCACUUUCUGUCCAAGUGA